CCACAGCCAGGCAAGUUCCCGGAAGCCCGCCCAGCACGCACGGUCCCCAAACAGCGCACCUGCCGGCGGUCCCAACACAGCGGGAGAAGUGGACAUGAGGUUGGCAGGCCCCCUGCGCAUCGUGGCCCUGGUCAUCGUCGUGGGCCUUACUUGGAUCAUAGGCAGUGUUCUCCUGGGCAGGCCCGGCAGUGCUUUCCCUCGCAUCCAGCAGCUCUUCACCAGCCCAGAAAGCUCUGUGACAGCAGAGCCACGGGCCAGGAAGUACAAGUGUGGCUUGCCCCAACCAUGUCCUGAGGAACACCUGGCCUUCCGCAUGGUCAGCGGAGCCGCCAACGUCAUUGGGCCCAAGAUCUGCCUCGAGGACAAGAUGCUCAUGAGCAGUGUCAAGGACAACGUGGGCCGUGGGCUCAACAUCGCCCUGGUGAAUGGGGUCAAUGGGGAGCUCAUUGAGGCCCGGGCGUUUGACAUGUGGGCUGGAGAUGUCAAUGACCUGCUCAAGUUCAUUAGGCCACUGCAUGAAGGCACCUUGGUGUUUGUGGCAUCCUACGACGACCCAGCCACCAAGAUGAAUGAGGAGACCAGGAAGCUUUUCAGCGAGCUGGGCAGCAGGAAUGCCAAGGAGCUGGCCUUCCGGGACAGCUGGGUGUUUGUGGGGGCCAAGGGCGUGCAGAACAAGAGCCCCUUUGAGCAGCACGUGAAGAACAGCAAGCACACCAACAAGUACGAGGGCUGGCCCGAGGCACUGGAGAUGGAAGGCUGCAUCCCACGGCGAGGUGUGGCCAGCUAGCAUGCAGAGCACUGCGCCCCAGAAGCAAGGACACUGGCAGUGAUGCCAGCACAGGGCUGAGGCCCGUGCCCAUGCCUCAGAGUGAGGCAGGAGCAUCCCCUGGCUCUAGCACCUCAACUCCAAGGCGUGAGCAAAUCCUGGAGACAGGUGGUGGCGCUCUAGGGGCUGGCCCCUUUGCACCUUG